AUGGAACUUCCAGCCUUUCCCACCCUCCCACCGAUUGUGCGACAUCCAUGGGAGGCAACAUGGUGGGUGGGUGCGCUGCAACGGCUGGGCAAGGAGUUUCCAUCGCCAGACUCCAGCGAAGAAGAGUGGAAGAGCUUUUUUGUUGGGUGCAGUGCAGCACCGGCAGCAAUCCUUGCAAUAGGAUUCGUCCUGACCCUCUUAGUGCUUUGCUGCGGCUGCUGCCGAAGAGAGACAAACCACAGACGACGAGCACCUUCAUGCGUACCGAGCUUUUGCUUUGGCCUUCUUUCAGUGGUCAUGGUCCUAGCCGGAGCCUUUAUCUACUGGGAAACUGGCUCGAAGGCGCUGAAUACUGCGCAGUCAGAGCUUCAGAAUGCCUACGACAAUGUGACGCAGGCAGUGUCUGAAGGCUCCAAAAUGAAGGAUGUAGGAGCUUCGAUGCUGAAGAAUCUGGAUGGCAUUCCGCUUACUUGCCCUUUUGGCAUUCAGCAACAAGUUAAGCAAGAGGUGAAAAAGAUCGCCAACCAGGUGAAGACCUUCAAUGAGGCCGUUGACGAGUUUGACAAUCUAAUGCAGCCCUUGCCAUCCAAAGUCAAGGAUGUGCAGGAUCAUGCCAGCGGUAUCGGUCAGCUAACAGCUGCUGGGCUGAUGGCACCAUUGGCCUUGGUUUUGCUUAGCUGCCUCACAGUCAUUGCAGCUGUCUCGUGCUCCUGCACAGGUAGAUGUGCUGGCUGCUGCUUGCGAAGUCUUGGCCCUUUGCUGAUGGCUCCUACAGUGCUGGUCAUCACUGUGGCAGCGGCAGUGCAGUUGGAACUUGGAAUUGUCACAAGCAGCUUUUGCGAAAAUGUGGAUAACAACACUUUGGCAUUCAUCGGCCACCACUUCAAGUACGACUCUGAAGAAUAUCAACUGUCCAAGUACUACAUCACAGGCGAGGGCCGGAACCCUCUUUUGGUGGAUUUGCAGAAUGCCUCUGAGCAGUUGGACGACGCCAACCAGACGAUUUCGGCUUACGGACAUGAGGUUGAAAAGCUUUGUUCAUGGAGGGGCUUGGAAGAGCUUCAGGCAGGAGCUGCAGAAGCAAAGAGUUCUUUGACCUUUGGUUGGCACUCGAUAUUUGCAAGCCCGACGUGGCUGGUAUCAAAGUCGGCAAGAGGCCCUGGAACUUCGGGGUGCACGGGCGCAUGGAGGUCCCCCUCCGCAAGUCUGAGCGAGACCGAAGGAAUUUGA